UAGUCUUUUGAAGUCUGGGACCAAAAAGAACCAUCACAAAACAAUACAUUUGCUUUCUAUAUUAUUUUAUUAUUUGUUUAUUUUUUUUUCUUUAUUUUUAUUUACCUUUUGUUCCUGUGCUUCCUAUGCAACUGUCUUUGUCUGCUGCUGCUGCUGCCUGUGUUUUUCGGCCUCCUUCUCACUCCCUUGUGCCAAAAAUGGGGGAGGAAGAGGAAUCUUACUUCGAAUUCCUCGUUAUCAUUUGACACCAGGAUUUCCCACUUUCCCUCUCAUCCUUUCUUGAAUUUCCCUUCUUUUUUCUUGCUUUGCUUGAUUGAUGUUGUGCCCUCUUUCCUUGUUGGGUCGGAGAAUCUUUGCAGCAGCACAAAUCCAGCUGGGUCUAGUUUGGUUUCAUGGAACUAAUUGAUCUGAACCAUGCAGUGAGUGAGGCUGAGACCGAGAACAAUGCAUGCUGCAACGGGGAUUCUUGUGUUUCUGGAAAGGGCAGUGGCUGUGAUUCCUGUUUUUCGACAUCUUCCUCUUCUUCCACAACCUAUUCUGAGCUUUGGCAUGCUUGUGCUGGUCCCCUGACAUGUCCUCCAAAGAAAGGGAAUGUGGUUGUCUACUUCCCACAGGGUCACCUGGAACAGCUCGCCCCUUCUUCUCCUUGCCUGCCCAUCAAAGUUCUCAACUUUGAUCUCCCACCACAGAUCUUCUGCAGGGUUGUUGAUGUCCAGCUACUUGCUAAUAAGGAGAAUGAUGAUGUCUACACACAGCUCAUUUUGCUCCCUCAACAAGAAUUGGUAGGAUUGAAUUUAGAGGGGGCAGAGCUCGAAGAGCUGGGCUCAAAUGAUGAGAGUAAUGGAGUAUCACCUCCAAGAUCAACCCCUCAUAUGUUUUGCAAAACACUCACUGCUUCCGACACCAGCACCCAUGGGGGCUUCUCCGUUCCUCGAAGAGCUGCUGAAGACUGUUUCCCACCUCUGGAUUAUAAGCAACAAAGACCAUCCCAAGAACUCAUAGCAAAGGACCUGCAUGGAGUUGAGUGGAAAUUUCGGCAUAUCUAUCGAGGUCAACCAAGGAGACAUCUGCUCACAACUGGAUGGAGUAGCUUCGUAAGCCAAAAGAAUCUUGUGUCAGGGGAUGCAGUUCUUUUCUUGAGGGGUGAAGAUGGGGAGCUAAGGUUGGGAAUAAGGAGGGCGAUUCGUCCAAGGAAUGUUCUCCCUAACUUAAUUGCUGGAAAUCAGAGUUCAGACCCGAGUUCUCUUGCUCUUGUGGCCAAUGCUUUAUCCACCAAAAGCAUGUUUCGUGUCUUCUACUGUCCGAGGGUAAGCCAUGGAGAGUUCAUUGUUCCGUACCAAAAGUACGUGAAAAGCAUGGCUAACCUCAUACGAGUAGGGACAAGAGUCAGAAUGAGGUUGGAUGUGGAUGAUCCCCCGGAAAGAAGGUACAGUGGUGUGGUCACUGGAAUAGGCAACACGGAUUCUUAUAGAUGGCCUAAUUCGAAAUGGAGAUGCUUGAUGGUCAGAUGGGAUGAAGAUAUCGGCACGAGUGAGCAUCAGAGUCGAGUCUCCCCAUGGGAAAUUGAUCCUUCUGUUUCUAUUCCCCCUUUAAGCAUUCAAUCCUCCCCGAGAAUGAAGAAACUGCAGACAGGUCUGCAGUCAACCGCACCCGAAAAUCCUGUCACAGCAGGAGUAUUCGGGUUGUUGGACUCUGAGGAAUCUCUUAGAUCCUCUAAGGUCUUGCAAGGUCAAGAAAAUGAAUCUCUGGCAUCACCAUUCCGCAUCAGUGAUGCCAGAACCCGCGUGCUGGACUUUGAAAUGCAGAACCCUGCAUAUCGAAGUCUAGCUCCAGUUCAAGGUCGAAAAGCCUAUAAUGAUGGCUUCGAGCUUUCAAGGGUUCAUCAUCAAGCUUAUAUGGGCUUUAAGGAAGCAAAUCAGUUUCUAGAAGUUCUACAAGGUCGAGAGAUAUGCAAGUUAAAAUCCCUCGCAGGAAAACCCGAGUUCAAAGUUGUCGCUGGAAAACCAUUUCUUAGUUGCAGCUCUCUGAAUCAGGAUCAGCCACGAAAGUUCAAUACCUCUCCACCUCAAAGUUUGUAUGUCUCUUAUGGAGAAGUUCAAUCUGGCCAAACUCUCGCCGCACAUUGCUUCAUGAGAAAUAUAGAAAAUGGUCUUACGAAAAUAGAAGAGAUCUCUGCUUCUCCUAAUCCAUGGAAACAUCAGGUAAUGCAAAAUAAUGUGAAUCGUGAUAGAGUGAGUGGCUGUAAACUUUUUGGGUUCCAGUUGACUGCAGAAGAAGCUCCAAAUUCAGCCUCACAAAGCACUGGAAAACGAAGUUGCACAAAGGUGCACAAGCAAGGGAGUUUGGUGGGAAGAGCCAUUGAUCUUUCUAGACUCACUAACUAUGGCGACCUGCUUGAUGAACUUGAGAAACUGUUUGGGAUGAAGGGUCUGUUACGAGAUCCUAAUAGGGGGUGGCGAAUCCUUUACACUGACAGUGAGAAUGAUGUAAUGGCUAUUGGUGAUGAACCAUGGCAUGAGUUCAUUGAUGUGGUCAGCAAGAUCCACAUAUAUACAGAGGAAGAAGUGGAGAAGAUGACCGCUGCUGGGAUUAUGACUGACGAUACACAGAGCUGCUUGGAGCAGUCUCCGGCAGUCAUGGAAGCCUCUAAGUCUUCCUCUAUCGGUGGACCCGACUCUUCCCCAACCGUCCUCAGCAUAUAGAUCUUGAAGCUUGUAAUGGUACCUAGCUCUUUGCAGCUUUAGUAGCUAUUAAGUGGAAGUGUUUUCUAAACUAGUCGAAACCGGAGUAGUACGACUCCCGAGCCCCUGAUUUAGGCUCGUUAUUAUAUGUGUGUGAACUUAUCGCGUUAAUGCUGAACUACUCCUCCGUGUGUGAACUUAUCUGGUAAUGUCUGAUCAGCUUGGUUUAUAAUAUCAUGCCCGUUAGAACUCCAUUAUUUGA